UGUAAUUUUGAACUGCGCAGUCAAAGCGGCAUUUUUUCCGACGAUAGAAACAAGCAAUCAUGGCCGAUGUAGAACUGGAUUCUGAGAUCAAGGUAGAGGAAACGACCCCUGCAGCUGAAGAAACCGAGGCAGAGCCAGAGCAAGAGCAAGAGCCAGAGCCAGAGCCAGAGGUAGAGGCAGAGACUGAACAAGAACAAGGACAAGGACAAGAAGAAGAAGAAGUUGGAGCAACCGAAGAGACUACAAAUGGCGUUAAAACUGAAACCGAGGAAGUCCCCAAGGACAAACCGCAAGGAAAAGAGAAGUCUGGUGGCCGAAAAAUAAAUCGUUAUCAUCCCUACUCAGAUUGGAAGGACAAACACUCAGGGCCGGGGGACAAGAAGGGCGCUCACAGAAACCGAGUGUUCAUUAGCAAUAUCCCUUAUGAUAUGAAGUGGCAGGCUAUUAAAGAUCUAAUGCGAGAGAAAGUCGGUGAGGUUACAUACGUGGAGCUCUUUAAGGAUGCUGAAGGAAAGUCAAGGGGUUGCGGUGUUGUUGAGUUUAAAGAUGAGGAGUUUGUGAAGAAAGCCGUUGAGGUCAUGAGCAAACAUGAUCUAAAUGGCAGACCACUCAAUAUCAAAGAGGAUCCUGAGGGGGAGCACGCUCGACGGGUGCUGCUGCGCACUGGAGGACGGGGCGGAGAUGGCGGUCCAGGAAUCAACAUUCCUCCCGCCAUCGCCAACAACCCCAACAUCCCACCUGAGAUCAUAAAUGGCCUUCAGGGAGGAAGACUGGGCUCCACUGUUUUUGUGGCCAAUCUUGAUUUCAAAGUUGGCUGGAAGAAGCUCAGGGAAGUUUUUUGCAUGGCUGGGACGGUGAAAAGGGCUGAUGUCAAAGAAGACAAGGAUGGGAAGAGCCGUGGAAUGGGAACAGUCACUUUUCAGCAACCUUUGGAAGCUGUCCAAGCUGUCUCUAUGUUCAAUGGACAAAUGUUGUUUGACCGACCCAUGCAUGUCAAAAUUGAUGAUAAGUCUCUUCCCAUUGAUGAUUUUCGUCCAGCAGAGAAAUCGCCUCAGUUGCCAAGGGGUCUUGGAGGCAUCGGAAUGGGUCUUGGCCCUGGUGGUCAGCCAAUAAAUGCCAACCGCAUCAGUGGAGCUGGAGGAAUGGGAGCCAUGGGACCUGGAGGGAUGGAUGGUCCAGGAUAUGGAAUGAACAGAGUGGGAGGAAUGGGUGGUGGAUUUGGUGGUAUGGAUGGCAUGGGCAAUAUGGGUGGCUUUGGAGGCCGUGACAUGGGACCCAUGGGAAGAAUGGGAGACAUGUACCGGUCUGGUAUGGGAAUGGAUCGUGAUUUUGGCAGGAAUGACAUGGCAAUGAAUCGUCCCUUCGGUGAUGCCUUUGGACUAGGCGGAGGGAUGGGAGGCUUUGGAGGAGGCAUGGGGAAUGCUGGCAUGGGUCCCAUGGGGUCUGGUUUAGGCGGUGGGAUGGGUAACAUGGGCAUGGAUCGGAUGAGCGCCGGCUUCGACAGGAUGGGUGGCGGCAUGGACAUGAACCGUGGCUUUGGCGGCUUCGGUGGUGGUGCUGGUCACAUGGGCGGAGGAAUGUCCGACAGGGGAUCAGGAUCAAAGGGCGGAUGCCAGAUAUUUGUGAGAAAUCUCUCUUAUGACCUUACCUGGCAGAAACUGAAGGAAAAAUUCAGCCAUUGUGGUCAGGUGAUGUUUGCAGAGAUCAAGAUGGAGAAUGGGAAGUCGAAAGGGUGCGGUACCGUUCGCUUUGACUCACCAGAGAGUGCAGAGACGGCCUGUCGGAUGAUGAAUGGCACCAAAAUUAAUGGCCGUGAAGUCGAUGUCCGCAUUGACCGAAAUGCCUAAAACAUCGUAGUAACAAUUCACCCAUCACCCUGUUUUUUGUUUUGUUUUAAAAACACAUUUCCAUAAGUCUCUGCUGUUGUACCACAUGCUCAGUGAAUGACACCACCAGCCUCAGUAACUGGAUGUGUAUAAGGUUUGUUUAUAUACCGUGAUAUUUUUCCCCCCCUUUUACUUUUUUGUAAACCCUUUUUAAUUUGUGGGCCACCGGUUUAUUUGAAUGACAAAAUAAACUUUUUAAUUUUUAAA